AUGGUGAAAGUUGAAAUCAAAUAUACUAAGCUGUUCAUCAACAAUGAAUGGGUAGACGCUGUGAGCAAAAAAACAUUCCCCACUAUCAACCCCCAGGAUGAGUCAGUCAUCGCACAAGUUGCUGAGGGAGAUAAGGCCGAUGUGGAUUUGGCAGUUGAAGCAGCUAACAAGGCAUUCCAUCGUUAUUCAGAAUGGCGUACCAUUGACGCCUCACAAAGGGGGCGCUUGCUUUUAAAAUUGGCGGACGUAAUCGUUAGAGAUUACAAAUAUUUAGCAGAAUUAGAAACCUUAGACUGCGGGAAACCGGUAAAGCAAGCGGAGGGAGAAGUUUUAUGGUCCGCUAACAUUAUUAGAUACUACGCCGGGAAAGCUGACAAAAUUUUAGGAAACACUAUCCCUGCUGAUGGCGAGGUUCUUUCUUUCACCAUGAAGGAGCCCGUAGGUGUAUGCGGUCAAAUAUUACCAUGGAAUUACCCCAUCCCCAUGUUUGUGUGGAAAAUUGCACCAGCUCUAGCUGCUGGUUGCACGGUAGUUGUAAAACCAGCAGAACAGACACCUCUCACUGCGCUAGCCAUGGCUGCCUUAAUUAAGGAAGUCGGUUUCCCACCUGGUGUUGUAAACGUGAUUCCUGGUUAUGGACCGACUGCCGGCGCUGCUCUGACUCAUCAUGCUCGCGUAGACAAAAUCGCUUUUACUGGUUCCACAGAGGUCGGUCGUAUAAUUAUGAAGAGUGCGGCAGUAACAAAUUUAAAACGAGUGACUCUUGAGCUUGGUGGAAAGAGUCCCUUAGUCAUCUUCAAUGACGCAGAUGUGGAAAAAGCAGCCGAGAUCGCCCACCGUGCUGCCUUUGCCAACGCCGGACAAUGUUGCGUGGCGGGAACGAGGACUUACGUCCAAUCUGGAAUAUAUGAAAAAUUUGUUGCGAAAGCAGCGGAAAUAGCAAAGAAGAGAUCUGUCGGUAAUCCCUACGAAAAUGUUCAACAGGGCCCGCAGGUGGACUCUGACAUGUUCAAUAAAGUAAUGGGAUACAUUGAAGCCGGCAAGAAAGAUGGUGCCCGUUGUGUUGCUGGUGGCAAUCGUCAUGGGACUGUAGGAUAUUUCAUACAACCCACUGUCUUUGCUGAUGUUAAGGAUGACAUGAAAAUUGCAAGAGAAGAGAUUUUUGGCCCAGUUCAGAGUAUCCUGAAAUUUGAGACGUUCGAGGAGAUUGUUGACCGUGCUAAUGACUCCAAUUAUGGUCUCGGAGCUGGUGUGGUAACAAACGACAUCACAACUGCCAUGUCUUUCGCUAAACUCGUACGCGCUGGCUCUGUCUGGAUAAACACAUACGAACAUAUAACACCACAAACUCCUUUCGGCGGGUUCAAGGAGUCGGGCAUUGGUCGCGAGAUGGGUGAAGACGGCAUCUUGCAAUACUUGGAAACCAAGACUGUGACCAUGAACCUACCCAAGAAACCAAUCCUUUAA